CAAACCGACAAAAUUACAACGCCACACGGCACACCACAGUCGACCGCGCGGGGCUGACGCGGCGCACGCCUUUACUCGUUACGUUCUAAAAAAGUUUACGUUCCAAUUCAAACUUUUAAAUUCAAACUAUGCAAUAAUACGUUAUGUGAAUUUUAAACAUUUGUGCCAUAAUAGUGAUGUUAUUUGUGUAAAAAAAUGGGUGUUCUAUUAUAUUUGUUUGUUGUGACGAUAGUUCUGCCGAGUGUUUUUGGUCAACAAGAUUGUUUUGGAGCUGGCAGUGUCGCAGGAGCAGCGAUCGGUGCAUUCUUAGCGGCAAUCUUGCUUCUCGUUGCGGUGUAUUACUUCAGAAAAUUGUAUUGGAAAUCUCGCAAAGGCAAGCACCUAGUAUUCACAACAGAUCCAGAAUCAGUCAAAGAUGAAUUCGCCUUCGACAACCCUGGGUUCAGACAGGACGAGAGGAACUGGCAGAGUGAGGCGCCAACCCUGCCGCUUGGUGGGAAACCACAUGGUCUACAUGUGGAGUUUACUAAACCGGAACAGAGCAAGGAUGACUCUUACAUACAGCGGGCCCGUACUCGUAAAGUAAAAUUAUGGGCGCGAGAUUUCACGGGACUCGGUUUGACGUGCGGCGGGGGCGCCAAAGAUGGCGUCUGCGUACAAUCUGUAUUACGAAGUGGGCCAGCCGCUGCAGCUAGAUUACAACCAGGUGACAAAAUAAAGAGCAUCAAAAUAGAGUUCUCCGGUACGCCAUUACAAGAUGCUGUAGCCAUUCUCUCCCUCGCCUCCCCCUACCCCGUGGAACUGGAGGUGGUGGAGGGGGGGAGGGUGAGCGGCGAGGGGUGGGGGGUGCACCAUCCUGUGAUGAAGCGGGCGGGGUCCACUGGCGAUGUUAGUACGCUGGAAAAAGAAGGAAAACUGCUACACCCACCCGUGUCACCAAACACAUCACAUUCAAACAAUUCAACGCUCGAAACCAAACACAGCAAGGGCGGCAUAAAGAAAAUCAUCACAGAGAAGAUAAUCACGUCAACAACACUUGAAAGAAACAAGAAAGAGAAGAAAGAUCCACCCACAACGUUAGAGCGAGAGAACGAAAAGAAUCUAAAACUUGCGAACAAAGCGAGACAUUCAGAUGUCACACAUAAACCAGAAAGGCAGAAGAACGGACACUCGACCAGCGGCGAAAUACAAAUCAUACAACCAGAAAACGGAAUAGGCCACAAUAUAGAACAUGCUGAAGUCCAGAAGCGAGAGAGUGAUCCAAAGAGAGCAAUGAAAUUCGGCAUUCGUGUUCUCCCACCAAAUGUACCUGAUGACGGCGUCCUUAAGCAGAAGAGCGUUGAAAACGGCAACAUUGUACUAGAAAAGAAAGCUAUCGAUGAACCGGACAAACCAGAACCACAAAGACCAGCUCCCACCACACAGAUUAAACACGAAAAUGAGAUAGAACAAAAGAAACCGGUCGUUGCUAAGCGACGGGAGAAAAUGGCGCCCCCUGUACCAAACGUGCGAGUAAAGGCGAAUGAAAGUGAUACAAGUAUCAGUACAAGUAUCAGUCAAGAUACGACUAGAUUAACAGAUCUUUCACAGUCGUCGUCUUUCACUAGAACUGAUUUAAAUUCUAGUGGUAUCAAACGAGACGAGAACGGCAUACCUCAAGAGUUACCUCAACACAUGUUCGACGCGGCGAAAGCUGCUAGAAGUAAUAGAAAAAGUUCCACAGAACUAAUUCAAGAGAAAGAACCGAAGAAGGAAGAACCGCCAAAACCAGCCAAAAAAUCUAAAGGCAAAGCACCUUCUCCACCAGCGGUAGAUAAACUCAAGAGAGAUGAUAAUAUGUUAGAGCAAUUGGCGAAUGUUAAAGAUUUCUUAAAGAAUGAGAAACACCAUUCUAGCCUUCUAUUUGAUAACUCAGUAACUUCAAGCAAAUCUACGAAUUCUUACAAUACUUCUACUCCCAAAGUUAACAAGACAAAGCGUCUAGAAGAAUCUAUUAAUUUCAGUCAAGAUGACAUAGAUGAUAUUGUCUCUAAGCCGUUUAAAAGAGAAAGCGAUUCAUUGAACAACUUCUUUGCAGAUUCAAAAUCUAAUCUUUCGUCGAAUCAAGAUGUGCAUUCAGUUAUUUCUUUAAACAAUAGUGAUAAAAGUGAAAAGGGAUCAACUACUAUUGAACUAAAUAACAGUGAUAUAACAAUUCACAGUUCUCCCAUGAACGACACUGUUCGAUCUGGUUCUGACGAUACCUCCAUGUUAGAUGACAAUGAAAGAAAAGCAGCGUCUUUAGGCGAUUUAUCUAGAUUCGAUUUACGAGUUAAAACUACUAAAACUAGCACAGGCACUCUAGAAAGAGCACAAAGUUUAGACAUAUCUGCUGAUGACGUCGAAAUCCAAGAAACUACGUUGUCACCUAAAAAACGUAAAGCCAUGUCCGUAGUAGAAACGACCUUCUUCGAUUCAGGAAACGAAGAUAUGUUACCAGAAAUGAUUGAUGCAGAGAAAGGCAUAAUAAUGAAACAGAAGGAACCACGUUUAAGCCUUAACAUCGCAAAGACUUCAGCUAUAGAAGGCCUUAACACUUUCCAACGAAAUCGGCUUAAAAAAGGUUCGGAGUUCGGUAACUUAGAAGAUGCUAUAGUAAAAGGUUCUUCAAGUUCUAUAGAUUCAGAAAAACAUGGUUCCCAAGAAAUACAUGUGAGGAAAUCGCAAAGCAGCUUAGAUACAACUCAAGAAAGCGAACAUGAGACAUCUGAUCAUUUAGCCAGAAGAAUUAUGGAUGAAAAUAUGCGGGUACACUUAAAAUUAGUGUCUGAAUUUGCUAAAUCUACUUCAGAUGGAAGUAACGCGAGCUCUUUGGAAACAACACAAGAACCAACAAUAACAUCAACAACAACCACAACAACAACAGAGACAAAACUUGCACCUAUCAAAUACGAAGAAAAAAUAACCAUGAGCUACGACACAAACAUUCCUGAUGACUUGAAAGUAUCUCGCAAUUCAUAUGUAAAUAGUUUGGAACGACCAAAAUCAGAUAUGAUGAAAAAACUACUCGCCAAGAACCCUAUUUUUAAUGUUCACCUCGAUCAAAAGCAUGAAGCUACUACAAGUAAAGAAACGCCUACACCAAUGACAGAUUCAUUAAAAUCUGCAAUGCACCAACCAGAUAUCGUUAACUUUGAUUUAAAAAGCUCCGAAGCUAAUACAAAAGAGUAUGAUGAAUUUGUAAGCAAUAUUAGAGUCGGUUCCAAUAACAACACACUUAAUUUCAAGCGGAAAUCUCAAGAAAAUAUUACCUCAGAAUGGACUGAAAAUACCAACAAAGAUAACCAAGAUAUUCAAACGAGUAACAUUGUAACCAUAACAACAAAUGAAAAAUCAGCACCUACUGAAAGGAGAACAUCUUAUACAAAAUCUAUUGAAAUUGGCGAACCGAAUAUAAGACUUAUUCCAGAUUUGGUAGAAGGUAUAAAGAGAACAGAAGAGAAAGAAAGUAGGACUGUAUACAUGGAACCAGCCAGUGUUUCUUUAACUAUGCAACAGGAACCCGUUCAAAAAACGGUCACAGUAAACGUAACAGAAGACGAAUAUGGAAACAAAGUGAUCACACAAAACGUUGAAAAAAUAUCCACAAAAUACAUUACCACUAAAACUGAAGCACCUUUACAAGUUGAACAAAUAACAUUCGGUAUUAUGAAAGGCGGUGCAAAUAUCGACGAAAUAGAAUUAGAAGAAGGCAACGUUAAAGAUAUUGAUAAAAAAGUUUUAGAAGAAAUAAAGAGACAGAACCCGAACAUGCAUUUCACUACUGAAGAACCCUCAUAUACAAGAACAGAAACUAUUAUACUUAACACAACUGACAUGGAUGAAUAUGAAGCGAAAAAACUAAUGGAAAGAUUACAAAACGAUCCAAGUUUUAUGGCACAAAAAACACCUGAAGAACUAUCGCGUCUAGGAAUCAAAAUAAUACAUGAUAUGGAAGAUACAAAAACGGCUAAAGACGAUUUAGUUGAAGUUACAAAAACACGGUACGCUAUCAACACUUCAGCGUUAGAAUCGGAGAAGCAAUGCAAAUUAGAGUCAAAGGACCAAGAUAAUGUAACAGAAAUACAAGUGGUGACACCUCGUACUGAGAAAAUGAGCCAAAAAACAGAAAUAAAUACAGAAAAAGUAUCGAGUAGGCAAAGAGCACCACCUACUAUAACUAGCUACCAAGAACCUCUGCUUUCCUACGAAUUGGACGUAGAAUUAAUAAACGACUUCAUUUCAAACGAACGCCAUCACUCAGCGAAGCAACAGACCGAAAUAAUAAAACGAACGAAAACGAGUCAAAGCGGGACGGAACCAAAGAAACGCCAUUCAGACUUCGAUCUACCCAGGAACAGUCACAUCAAAUUCCGUACAGCCACUUACGAAUCUCCGAAAGGCACAAUAGUUACAAGCACAGAUUUGGAAAACAGACGUCUUUCGCAAUUAGACCAAAUGCAACUCCGAGCUCCAAGCGAGCCUAUAGCCCAAAAGCCAGCCAUUUCGGCUAAACCGAGUAACAUACCUAUCAAAGCGUCUGAUAAAAAGCCUCUAGCUGGUUUAGUUUCUUCGAAAAUACCUGUGUUUUCGACACAGAAAUCGUUGAGUCAAGAAAAUCUGACUGAUAAACAUUUUUCCAUUCCUGGAUCUACGCCAUUAACUUUGAGCAGUAGUUCAGGAAAUAUUUCAGUAACUUCGAUCAAAAGCAGUUCUAGAAGUCCAAGCGGUGGUCGAUUGUAAUUUAUAAAUUUAGAUCUUGUACAAUAUUGGCAUUAUUAAGGUAUAUGUAAGUACCUUUAGUAUAUUCAAUUAGUGCCAGAAUUUAUUACCAACGGUAAUCUAUGUCUUUGCGAAAAUGUGCCUUAUUAUCUUAAUGAUUCGACGUCAUUUCUAUUGAAUGAACAUAUAGUUCGGUUGUGAGAAAUAAUUUUAGUAGUUUGUACAAUUUGUCACAAGAUUAACAAAAAAAAAAAAUCACAAACAUUCCGUCCGAAGAGUAUUACCAUAAACAUAACAAUAAUGUAAGAUGUAGACUAUAUUAACCUUAAUUUUAAUUUAAAAGUUUUAAUGAACUUUGUCUUCCAAAUGGCAAUGGCAACAUUGCCUUACAAAUGAUAAAUAUCUACAUAUUGUUAUAUUGCAUUUUGCGAAUUUUUAAAUGUACUUAAUUUUAUGUUUAAGGCGUAUCUUGAACUUUUAUUUUCAUUAUUUUAUAGUUAUUAUGUGAUCACGUUUGUUAAAUUAAAGUUUUUAUAUAAAGUUAUUAUGUUCAAUGUAAUAUCGCGCAGUUAAUAAUUAAUCACAAUUAUACAAAUCGUAUUUUAUUGAUGUAUUAUAUUAUUAUGAUGAAAUAAAUACAAAUUAUAAUGUUAA